ACAAGCACCAAAGAAAAAGAACUCACCACACAAUAUCGAAAGUGUUCAAGAAAAAUUUACCACACAUCGCCGAAAUGCACAAAGACAAGCACUAGAAAAUUUACUACACAAUGCUGAAUGUGCCCAAGGACAAGCACCAGAAAGUUUACAUACAAUGCCAAAUAUGCCCAAGGACAAUACCAGAAGGUUUACAACGCCAAGGACAAACACCAAAGAUUUAUACACUGAAAAAAUGCCCGAGGACAAACACCAGAAGAUCCACAAUACUGAAUUGAGAAUUCACCUUAUAUUGCUGGGAGAGCACAGAGACACACUAUAUAAUGUCAAAAGUUCCUAG